AUGGCGAUGAUGAUGACUGGCCGUGUGCUGCUGGUGUGUGUCCUCUGCGUGCUGUGGUGCGGUGCCGGCGGGGUUUAUGCGAGGGACAUCGACAACAAGGCACUGGGUGAUUGCAUGACCUCGGGAGUGUUGGGUACGAAUUGUUCCCGUGUGCCUGGUGGGUGUGAUAAAACCGCGCCGAAGCUGCCUUUUCGGUCAGCAUUGCCCAUCACUGUCUUACAGGCCGAUGCUCCUGAGGGAGAAGUUCCUGCAUCGGAAGGGGGUAAUUCAAGUGAAUCUUCGGGUACCGGUGGCUCUGGUGGUCGUAGUGGUGGCGUUGAUGGCAUGAAAAGCGGCCAAAGUGGUGUUUCUGGCGGAGAUAACUUGUCGAAUCCUUCUUCUUCUUCUGGCGGUAGUUCUCCACGACCUCCCACUCUCGAUGGGAAGGGUGCUCCACAGGACCCUGGCGAGGAUCCAUCGCCUCAGGGAAGGAAAUCCCCUGAGAAAGUUGUGCAGUCAGGAACGUCUGUAGAUUCCGCAUUGCUCAAAAGGGAGGAAGUUCAGAAAUCAGAACCCGAUACUCAAAAAAUAAGAGCAGAAGCUCUUGUUACUUUUGGUGGAACUGGAAACGAGGCAAGGCGGGAGGCGGAGGACACGGACAACACUCCCAGCGGCCCACCGGUCAAAACAGUCACACCACAAGCGGAAGUAUUAUCACCACCAGCAGGGGGAGUACCACCAGCAUCAGACGACACCCAUAAUUCACCAGAAAACAAUGCAGGAAACUCAGCUUCAAAAAACGAAACGAAGUCCAACCCACUGGAACGGCCUUCAGAGGAUGGUGAGGCAGGGCAACAAGAUAAGGAAGCAGACGCACAGGGAGCGCAAGAAACGGAAGGAACACAAGGAACAGCAGCAUCACCCAUCUCCACAAGUGGCAGUGGUGGUGCCCAGAGUGAGGCGGAUGCGGAUGAUGACGACCCUCAACGGCCUAACCCCGAAGGACCGCAGAACGACGGAACCGAAGCUGGUGAUACCCACGGUCCAUCUGCAGCCAGCGAUGCAGCACCACAAGCAGCAAAAGCAAUCGCCGCUCAAACAAAUGGUACGGUGACACCUGGCGACAGUGACGGCAGCACCGCGGUCUCCUACUCCACCUCCCCUCUUUUGCUUCUUGUUGUUGUGUGUGCGGCUGCUGCUGCGGUGGUGGCCGCGUGA